UUAUUAUUAAUGUCUGUCUGUCUCCCCUCAGACUGGCAGCAGGUGGUCCGUAUCGGGGUCCUGGACUGCGCUCAGGAAGAAAACUUUGACGUCUGUAAAGAGUUCAACAUCAAGUUCUACCCGACAUUCAAAUACUUUCAUGCUCACAGUCCAGAGACAGACAGAGGGACGUCCUACAGAGGUGCAGACAGAGAGAUCCAGUCAGUGAGACAGUUGAUGGUGAACAUCCUGCAGAACCACACCAAGGUGGACUGGCCGGACCACUGUCCUCCACUGGAACCAUACAGUUCUGUGGAGCUGCUCCCUCUGCUGGGUCAAAGGUCAGACCACUACACCGCCAUCAUCGUAGAGGAACCGGACUCCUACGUAGGACGAGAGGUGGUUCUGGACCUGGUCCAGUACUCGGGUGUGGAGGUGAAGAGAGCUCUGAGCUCUGAUCUCCCUCUGCUGGACGCUCUGAAGAUCACAACCUUCCCUUCUGUUUACCUGCUGCACCCGAACGCAACACACACACACCUGCAUGUUCAGAAGCGGUUGCGUUUCUUCUUCUCCUCCUUUUUGAGGACGUUACCAGGAGUCCAGCGCAAGUUGAAGUCCACCACCAGUACCAGUGGAGUCCUGAUGGGGGCGCUGACGGACCAACGGAGCAGCGAGCCCUGGAGAGACUUCGACAGGUCUAAGGUGUACCAGGCUGAUCUGGAGUCAGCCCUCCACUACCUGCUGAGAGUGGAGCUGGCUACCCAUAAUACCCUGGAGGGGGAGGAGCUACAGACCUUUAAGGACUUUGUUACUUUGGUCGCUAAGUUGUAUCCAGGUGCAGGUUCUGUGGUGAAGCUGAUGGAGACUCUCUCUGAUUGGCUGCUCAGUCUGCCUCUUCCACAAAUCCCCUACCAGGCUGUCCUGGACCUGGUGGACAACAAGAUGAGGAUCUCAGGUGUGUUCCUGGGGGCGGAGCUUCGCUGGGUUGGUUGCCAGGGCAGCAGGGCGGGGCUUAGAGGUUACCCAUGUUCCCUCUGGACUCUGUUCCACGUCCUCACCGUCCAGCAUGAGGCCACGCCCACUGCACUGGAGAACACAGGUACACACAUAUGUAUGUAUAUGUAUGUGUAU